AAUAUUAGCGGGGUUUAUUCACAAAUUAGUUUUACACAUCUGUAACUAUCUAACCGUAUAACCUGAUUAGAGUUUUCAGAUAAUUCAAUCAGGAAGUUGAUUCCUUAUUUGGCAAGGAUUUGCGUGUCAGUUCAAACGGACAAAUCCAAGGUACAAUUCAUGGCACAAUCAAAACUUUCCAGUCAUCUUCUUGUGGCUGCCUUCGACUUCGGAACUACAUAUAGUGGAUAUGCGUUUUCUUUCCGCGACGAUCCACUUAAAGUACAAACUAAUCAGGGAUGGAAUGCAGGGUCAGAGAAACUGAUCUCCCUCAAGACACCGACGUGUGUUCUACUGAAUGAUAAAGGGGAGUUUCACGCAUUUGGGUUUGAAGCAGAGAAUAAAUAUGCCAGUCUUGCUGAAGACGACGAACACCAUGGAUGGAUGCUUUUCAGAAGAUUUAAAAUGUUGCUGCACAACAAUCAGGAACUUUCAAGGAAAACACUUGUUGAUGAUAUAAAUGGGAAAAGCAAGCCAGCAAUGACAAUAUUUUCAAUGUCCAUCAAUUAUCUGAGAGAUCAUCUACUAAAAGAACUCAAUAAUCGAACAACCGGCAUCGAGGAAACCGACAUCCAGUAUGUGAUUACAGUUCCAGCUAUUUGGAAUGAUAAUGCUAAGCAGUUUAUGCGGGAAGCUGCAGAACAGGCUGAUAUUGACACAUCCCGUCUGAAACUUGCAUGGGAACCAGAGGCGGCUUCUAUUUGGUGUCAGAUAAUUAAAACAGAGGCCAAGUGCGCUCUGUCAGGAGACGGAACAAAGUACAUGGUUGUAGAUUUAGGAGGUGGCACAGCUGAUAUAUCUGUCCACGAGAAGUGUGCAGACGGAACUUUAAAAGAAUUGCACAAGACUAGUGGUGGCCCAUGGGGUGGUAUGUAUGUCGACCAAAAUUACUUCAAAUGGUUAGAGUCAUUUUAUGGCCAGAGAGCACUUGAAAGAUUAAAACUUGAAGAUAUGACAGAUUUCUUUGAUCUCCUCCGAGAAUUUGAAACGAAGAAAAGGUCGGUUACGUCAGAUUCAAAAGAAAUGGUUAAUUUUCGAAUAGCUGCAAGCUUAAAAGAAAUGUCGGAGGAAGAGGAAAACACCACUUUACAGGAUAGACUUGCGGCUCUAAGCUUGCAAGAGAAAGUAUCUGUUAAAAGAGACAGAAUGAGAAUUGAUCCGUCAAUCGUUAGAAGUUGGUUUCAUGAACCGAUUGAUAAUGUCAUACAACACAUGAACGAAAUACUUGCUGAGCCGCAGAUGAGACAAGUAACUUCAAUUCUUUUAGUAGGCGGAUUUGGGGAAAGUACUUAUGUUCAAGGCAAAAUUAGAAAGGCGUUUGCAGAGAAGCGAGUUAUAGUACCUGAAGAAGCGGGGUUAGCGGUUCUAAAAGGGGCUGUAAGGUUUGGUCAUGAGCCAGAUAUUGUUUCUGCCAGAGUGAUGAGUUACACGUAUGGAAUUGCAAGGACAAAGCGUUUUGAUCCAUCGAAACAUCUGUUAUCCAAAAAAGUAUUCGUAAAUGGUAAAGAAAAAGUCACAGAUAUUUUUGAUAUCUUUGUAAGUUCAGGCGAAACCAUAAAACCAGGGCAAGUCGUUACACAGAGAUACACACCAAAUAACUUUGAAAGAACUACUCUGUGCAUCUAUUGUUCAACAGAUCCCCACCCAGAAUAUGUUACAGACGCCACCUGUAAAAAGCUUGGUCAACUCCAGGUUAAACAUGAAGAAGGUGAAGCACUUCAGGACAAGAAAUUCAUAGUUUCACUGGUAUUUGGAGACACCGAGAUCAUUGUAAAAGCCAUAACAACAAAAACAUGCAAAGAUUUCUACACGACUAUAGACUGUUUAACUUGAGUCAAUUGUUUUAGAAUAAGUACACUUCUAAUUAGUAAUCAUACACUAGUUUUGAAUUAAUGAACAAUGUAAAACCAGCUCUUCCUUUAGACUUCGAAAGGUCGAAAAUUUAGAAUUGAUUAUAGUGUUUAUUAUUUCACAAUGUUUGGCAACAAGAUAAUUUUAAACCUAUUACACUCACCUAACUAGGUAUGACAGGUCAAAGAUUAGCAUAGUCAAUGUUUAGGGAAAGAAGAAUUUCAGAUAUCUUAGGACAAGUUAUUGACUGAAAACAAAAUGACUAUCUAAAUAUUAUGAGGAAAAUUAUAUACUUGUAGUUGUAACGUGGGAAUAGAAAACAAAAUAGUGCCACGGUGGUCAUGUUAGAAAAACAUAUCUGCCAUAUGCUUUUCUUUAGAGUGAGUGUUUCUGCAGUAAAAUUUUAAUUACGUAUUUUGAAUUGAUUUUUUUUCACAUUUUGCAGAAUUUCCUUUCAGUCAUCGUUUAGCAAUCGUUUUGUCGUUGUUUUCUAGGUCACCUAAAGGCUCAGGGUGAGCUAUUAUGAUCGCUCACAGUCCGGCGUCCGUCCGUCCGUCCGUCCGUCGUCCGGGUCAGUCCAAACUUUCCUUUAAACAACAUCUCCUCCUAAACCACCAAGCCAAUUUUGAUGAAACUUCACAGAGAAUUGAAUUCCAUACAGAACUCUGGUUGCCACGGCAACUGAAAGGAAAAACUUUAAAAAUAUUCUUGUCCAAAACCACAGGUCAUAGGACUUUAAUAUUUGGCAGGUAUCAUCAUCUAGUGGUCCUCUACAAGGAUUAUUCAAAUUAUCCUCCUAGGGUCAAAUAUGGCCCCGCCCUGGGGGUCACAUGGUUUACAUUGACUUAUAUAGGGAAAACAUUGAAAAUCUUCUUGUCCGAAACCACAAAGCGUAGAGCCUCAAUAUUUGGCAUGUAACAUCAUCUAAUGGUUGUCUAUGAAGUUUGUUCAAAUUAUGCCCCUGGGGUGAAAAGAGGCCCCGCCCCGGGGGGUCCCAAAUUUUACAAAGAGUUAUAUAGGAAAAAAACUUUAAAAAUCUUCUUCUCUGAAACCACAAGAUCUAGGCCUUUGAUAUUAGGCAUGUAGCAUUGCCUUGUGGUCCUCUACGAAGACUAUUCAAAUUAUUAUCCUGGAGUGAAAAGAGGCCCUGCCCCGGGGAUCCCAAGUUACUGACCGUUCCAAGGCGGUGCCCCUAUUUUCAACUGGUUGUUUUGUCUGUCUUGUAUUGUCUGUUGCGUUUGUUUACUUGUAUGUUGUAAGUAUGUCCUCCUCUUCACCCCCUCCCCCACUAUUACCACCUCCUUUCCCUUGCAUUUACGCUACUUUUUGCAUCCCCUCCCCCUUUACUUUGAGUAAGUUUUCAUGGUUCCCCUUUGUUUUGGCAGCCGGAAACCUAACACGGUACACGAUUGAUUUUUCCUACUUGUGUGGGUGCGUUUGUAUGCUUAUGAGUCUGUAACGGUGCCCUACUGUUAUUCUUAUGUGUUGCUUGUUCGUUUUUCUAUGUUAUUCAGUUAGUCGUGGUUGUAUGUUUAUCUUUGGUACAUGAGUGUCUGCGCUAUUGUGGUUUACGUUGUAGUGUGACUGUUAUUAACGAACGUGGCAUUCCCUUUGUAUAUUAGUCCUUGUUCAACUUUCCACUUCGGGUUCCUUCCCCCCCCCCCCCCCCCCCCACCCCGCCACCAACCCCCGGCCCAAUUUUGCCCCUUACCAUUUCCUUCCCCUCCAUCUAUAUUUAACAUAAAUUAAUAUGUACUUGUUGGAUGUUUGAAGCAACCCGUCUGAAAUAUUUUCCAUUACAGCUUCUUUUUGUUGUGGGCCUACUAUGCAAAUGCGUGGCUCUGGGACUGUGUUUUAGUGCUCUGUGCUUCCGAGAAAUCUACCCUUACCUAUUAUCUUACAUAGACUUGUAUAGGAAAAAACUUUAAAAGUCUUCUUAUCUGAAACUGCAAUGCCUAGGCUUUUGAUAUUUGUUUUUUUUAUAUUGCCUAGUGGUCCUCUACCAAGAUUAUUCAAAUUAUGACCCUGGGGUGAAAAGAGGCCCCCACCCAGGGGUCCCAAGUUUUACAUAGAUUUAUUUAAGAAAAAACUUUAAAAAUCUUGUCUGAAACCACAAGACCUAGGCCUUUGAUAUUUGGUAUGUAGCAUUGCCUUAUGGUCCUCUACCAAGAGAGUUCAAAUUACUACCCUAGGAUGAAAAGAGGCCCUGCCCUGGGGGUCCCAAGUUUUACAAAGACGUAUAUAGGAAAAAAAUUAAAAAAUCUUCUUGUCUGAAAGUUUAAGGCUUAAGCCUUUGAUGUUUGGUAUGUAGCAUUGCCUAUAGGUUCUCUAACAAAAUUAUGCCCCUGGGGUGAAGAGAGGCCCCGCCCCGGGGGUAAUUUAUAUGAGUUAUAUAGGAAAAAAUACUUUAACAAUUAUCUGGACUUUAAUAUUUGGCAUGUUUCCUAGACUGUUUAAUUAUAAUCACCUGAUGACCCCAAGUAAUUAGGGGUCACUUGACUGUGACAUUGACCUACUGACCUACUUUUUUUAUACCCCCACAAAACGAAGUUUAGCGGGGAGGGUAUAUAGGAGUGAGCUUGGCGGUCGGUCAGUCGGUAGGUCUGUUGGUUUUCGGAUGAUAACUCAAGAAAGGCUUGACCAAUUUAAUUUUUGGUACACAGGUGUAACAUCAGAAAAUACAGGUCAAGUUUUACUUUGAAGUCAGUAGGUCAAAGGUCAAGGUCACAAUGACUUUGAACAGUUAAACGGUUUCCGGAUGAUAAAUUGAGAAUGCUUGGGUCUAGGAUAAUGAAAAUUGAUAGGGAGGUUGGUUAUGACUAGCACAUGACCUCUAUUGAUUUUGAGAUCAGUAGGUCACAGGUCAAGGUCACAAUGACCCGGAACAUUUAAACAGUUUUCGGACAAUAACUUGAAAAUGCUUGGGACUAGGAUCAGGAAACUUAAUCUGGAGGUUAGUCAUGUCAAGCAGAUGACCCAUAUUGAUUUUAAGUUCCAAAGAUCAAAGGUCAUUUAAACCUUUUACGGACAAUAACUUGAGAACGCUUGGGCGGAGGAUCAUAAAACUUCAUAGGGAGGUUGAUCAUGACUAGCAGAUGACCUCUAUUGAUCUUGUGAUCAGUAGAUCAAAGGUCAAGCAAGUUCGGCUUUGACAUUGGCUUAGUUCUGUGACAAGGCCAUAUUGUUGGGGUAUAAUUCGUCACUCCUGUGACAACUCUAGUUGUUUUUUAAGAUACAGCCUUGAAAUUUGGAUGACAUAUCGUCACCUUAGUGCAGUAAGUCAAUAAGUCCUUCUUUAAAUCAAUGCAGUUAUCCACUUUUUGCACUGAGGUGACGAUAUACAGUUUUGCACACCGAUCUUAACAGCAUAGAAAUUUAGACCACGUCAAUAACUCUCGAUAAAGAUUUCAAUACUCAUCUUUAAUGUUCUUAGCCCUGACCUACUGACCUACUUUCUUGUUUUUGAAAAAGCUACAGCAAAAAGAUUUGGACCACAUGUAUAAUGUUUGAUACAGAUUUCAAUACUCAUCUUGAAUAGUCUUAAUCGUGACCUUCUGACCUACCUACUUCUUGCUUUUGAAGAUACAGCAUGGAAAUUUAGACUACAUGUUGAACGUUUGAUACAGAUUUCAAUACUCAUCUUGAAUAUUAUUAACCCUGAUCUACUGACUUACUUUCUUGUUUUUGAAGCUACAGCAAAGAGAUUUGGACCACCUGUAUAAUUUUUAACAGAUUUCAGUACUUAUCUUGAAGCAUCUUUACCAUGACUUUCUCACCUAUUUUUUGUUUUUGUUUUUGUUUUUGAAGCAUUAGCAAAGAAAUUUGUUCAACCAAGCAAUUAAACUCAGGUGAGCGAUAUAGGGCCAUCAUGGCCCCCCUUUUUUUUUUGUUUUUUGUUUUUGUUUUGUGUGUGGGUUUUUUUUUUCUGUUUUUGUUUGGUAUACCGGUAUUUUUGUUGUUGUUUUGUAAUAUAACUGAAUGACUUUGUCUUUUAAAAGAGCUCUAAGUGUUUGUGCCUUUUUAAAUGAUAACAAAUAUUGAUAAAAACAGUCUGAUUCAGGUCUACAUACAUGUUGGUAACAUGCAGGACAAAAUUAUGCGGAUUCGAAACCACGUUCAAUGAAAUGAUCCUCUUGGUAUAUUUGCAUCUAUAUGAUAACCUUUGCAAUUUCUUCCGAUAUGAUUUAAAUGUUCUCUGAUUCAAUCUAUAUUAAUAAAUAGGCUGCCUGAGCGUAUCCUCGAUACUUCUUUCCUUACGAAAUGGACCUAGUAGGUCCUUGAUCCGUCAAAUCUAGUUGUUCUACAAUAAAGCUGGUAUAAUUAAAGUUCUAACCUAUAAUUUUGAAAACAGUAGAAAAAUGCAUGAAACGAAGGUGAUUGUUUUGUAAUGGUGGCUGAUUUCUGCCAUUUCGUGUGUUCGUGUCGGCGAGGCGAAAUGUCGAAGUAACGAAAACACGAAAGGUUGAAAUAAUGCUUAUUUGUUCGUGUCGGCGAGUCGAAAUGCCGAAAACACGAAAGGUCAAAAUCUGCUUAUUUGUCAUGUGUUCGCCUUUCGACUUUCGGGGCGACACGAAACAUUGAAGGCGAAAAAACGAAAAUCCAAGGGCAAACACACGAACUUUUGUAUCACCUUUCGUGUCGGCGGGUAUUAAAACUUUAUGUUGUCGCUCUUCUUUUGUCGUGUCUUCGUGUAUUCGCCUCGAAAGUCGGAAGGCGAACACACGACAAAAAAGCAAUUUUCGACCUUUCGUGUCUUCGACCCGCCGACACGAACACACGACAAAUGUGCACUUUCGUCCUUACGUGUAUUCGUCUUCCGGUAGGCAUGCGCAUUAAUUAUUUAAAUGGGCUUGGGCGUAGACUAAUGAAACAUGUAAUCGCAUAGGCGUAGGAGCAGGGGGGAGGGGGCAGCGGGGGCCGCCCCCCCCCCCCCCACCAUCCAAAGCUAGGAGAAGGGGGCCCCCUCCAAUAUUUUGGAAAAGAGAUAUAACUUGCAGUCUAAUAUAACAUUUACUUAGCAUCAUAUAAUUCUUUUCAACCUGAUUUCUGAUUUGCAUUUGACCUUCUCUUGUAUUCUGACUUGUCUCUUUCCGUAGUAUGAGUACUGAAAUCUGUAUGUGCCACACCAAGGAUUGUUUGAUUACAUUUUAUAAAAAUAAUAUAUCAUUGAGCGCAAUCACUACAGUUCCGGUUUGAGCAUCUGCAAAAUCUGUGUAGGCCUAACUAUCAAGCCCAUUUACGCAUGUAAACUCUAUGUAGGCCUAAGUAUUAAGCCUGUUUAAGCCAUUUUAUGUCGAUUCGCCGUAAAACCCAACUCACUCACUACGCAUGUAAACGUUAUGUAUUUCAUUGUCCAUUCAAGGGAAAUGAUAUUUCCACAACUUUAUAUCACAAUUAGACUUAUUGAUUGUAUGUCCAGGGCUUCAACAGAAGAAUGUAAAAAAAUGGCACACUUAAUUAGAACAAUAGAUAAUAUGACUGAUUAGACAGAUUAAGACAGUUCAGUGCCUAUUCGUAUGUGUAUCAUCAGAAUAACUCAAUGAUUGCUUAAACAUAGAGGCUGGGGGGAGGGGGGUGGCAAUGGCCCAUUUGGCACCUGUACAAGGCUUUGAGGCUUUGUCAUGAAUAAUGCACCGGAGAUACCUUGCCGCAUCCCCCCCCCCCGGUCGGAAAGGUUUGCCCCCCCCCCCCCCCACCAAAGUUAAACUCGCUCCUACGCCCAUGAAUCGGUAUAUAAACAUCCAUGUUUGAUUUAUUUCAUGUAACCUUUUAAGAUGUUUUGGGAAAAUCUCUCAGAUAUUUUUAACUAAGACACGACAGUAAUUAUUCAAAGUCAAAUGCAUAUGUAAUUAAAAUUUCGAAUACGUAAGAAAACUCUACAGCGUUAAUCAUACAGAAAAUAUCAACUACUUAUGAAAGUUAGGUAACAUUGAUUAAACAUUCUCAAUAUUUUAUAGACUUUGCGUUCAACUUAGAAAUUUAGUAAAUGAUAUCGCGAUUAUUUUCAUUAAUUGCUAAUAUGCUUGAACACAUAUAAAUACUGUGAGAAUAAAAAAGAAUGCCUAUUAUAAUUAUUUUUUAAUUGAAUGAAUAACAUUUCACGGCCCACCGAACAAUCUAUCUGUCUGUCUGUCUGUCUAUCUGUCUUUAACAAAUGCUGACUUUUUGCUAUUAUACGCAUAAUAUUUCAUAUGCGAAAAUGGUGCACGUUUAAAACAUUUAAUAAUUACAUCAGUUUUCAAUAUAACAUGCUUAAAUAUCAUACAUAUGAGUCUAUUAACAUAUUAUUUACGAUAAUUAAAUAAAACAUGUUGAUUUAUUGAAUAAUAAACAAACGCCGAGCUUUCUUGCUAUGGUACCUCAUAUGCGAAAAUAGCGUAAAAAGAUUUUUUUUUUUCAUGGCGCGUUACGACAGGUUAACAUAUAAUAUCUUCGUCAUUUUUCGAUAUAUCAUGGCCAAGUAUCGAACAAAUAAGUCUAUAAACAUUAUUUAUGAUAUUUAUGAAAAAACAUGUUGAUAAACUAAAUAAUAAACGAACGCCGAGCUUUUUUGCUACUUAACAUCAUAGGCGAAAAUAGCGAAAAAAAGUUGUUUCAUGGUGCGCUGUGAAAACAUUUAAUAACAUCAUCAUUUUUCGAUAUAUCAUGGUCAAGUAUCGUACAUAUGAGUCUAUAUACAUUAUUUAUGAUACUAUUGCUUUAAAAUGUUAAUAAAUUAUAUAAUAAGCAAACGCCGAGCGUUUUUUGCUAUUAAACAUCAAAUGUGAAAAUAGCGGAAACAUAUUUUUAUCAUUGUGCGCAUUGAAAACAUUUAAUAACUUCACCAUUUUUCGAUAUAUCAAGCUCAAAUUUCGUAUUUAUUAGUCUAUUAACCUUAUUUACGAUAUGAAAAAACAAACAUGUAAAUGAAUUGAAAAAUAAACAAACGCCGAGCUUUUUUUGCUAUUAAAUAUCAAAUGUGAAAUUAGCGGAAAAAAGAUUUUUUCACUAUGCGCAUUGAAAACAUUUAAUAACUUCACCAAUUUUCGAUAUAUCAAGCUCAUUUUUCGUAUUUGUUACUCUAUUAACAUUAUUUACGAUAUGAAAAAACAAUCAUGUAAAUGAAUUAAAAAAUAAACAAACGCCGAACUUUUUUUGCUAUUAAAUAUCAAAUGUGAAAAUAGCGGAAAAAGAUUUUUUCAUUGUGCGCAUUGAAAACAUUUAAUAACUUCACCAAUUUUCGAUAUAUCAAGCUCAUUUUUCGUAUUUAUUACUCUGUUAACCUUAUUUACGAUAUGAAAAAAUAAUCAUGUAAAUGAAUUAAGAAAUAAACAAACGCUGAACUUUUUUUGCUAUUAAAUAUCAAAUGUGAAAAUAGCGGAAAAAGAUUUUUUCAUUGUGCGCAUUGAAAACAUUUAAUAACUUCACCAAUUUUCGAUAUAUCAAGCUCAUAUUUCGUAUUUAUUAGUCUAUUAACCUUAUUUCCGAUAUGAAAAAACAAUCAUGUAAAUAAAUUAAGAAAUAAACAAAUGCCGAGCUUUUUUUGCUAUUAAAAGUGUUUUUUUGCAAAAAAAAAAGUGUUUUCCGCUAUUUAGGCGUACUCCCUACAUCAUGCCAUGUACCCGGAUAAUCUUAACUCUGUUCAGCGACCCUAACUCAGUGCCAACAUGGCGGAUGUAAAGCCGAUACAACUUUGUUUUCUGUGUAAUUACGAUGUAUAAAGGAAUGUUUCUGUUGUUAUAUCUAUCUCCAUUGAUCAAGUGUAUAUUUAUUUCAAAAUGUAUCAUGUUAAAUAUAUCAAUCUUUGUGUAUUCAGGUGGAAAAACGACGAACAAGGCAACUUUUUCAAUGAAAACUUUUACAAAAAAUCUUAAAAAAUACUUCUAUGCUUUUGAUGCCUCGACUAUUUUGUUGUUUGAAAGCAAAGAUAUACUGCUUUAUAGGCCCCUUUUAACACAAUACAUGUUCAAAUGUACUGACAGCGAGAAAAGGGAUAAAAAACCUAACUUUGAUUUGAUAAAAACCGAACUCAGUUUACAUGAGGAAUGGAUAAAAACCUAACUUACACGAAAUUGUGUGACGGAUAAACACCUAACUGACUAGUAUUCUAUAGAAAUGAAUGAGUUGACAUGUACAUGGUCUGAUUAUUGUAAACAUUACUUUAUAAGCGGUAUUGUCUUCAAACUUUGUCAUUAAUUUUAAGAUGUUAUAUGUAUGCCCACUACAGUCAAAUAUUUUUUCAUAAUUUUAAUAUUAUGCAAACAGCAAUGUUUGGAAAAAUCUGGAUAAACCCUAAAAAAUAACUCAGUAUAAAAGUCAAAAUUAUUAUAUUUACAUAAGAAAUUAUUUAAUACCACCGAUGUUCGAAGUUCUGUAGUCCCCAACUCUCUCUCCCUCACACACACACACACACACACACACACACACACACACACACACACUCAUACACGCACACACACACACACACACACACACACACACACACACACGCGCUGUUUCAAAAGAAUUGUGUUUGUUUCAAAUCUUGUAUAUCGUAUAGUGUAAGAGAUUUUUAUAAAGGUGCUAAUGCUCUGAUUUGUAAUAUUAAACCUUCAUGAAAGCGCAAAUAGACUGGAGAUCGAGUUCUUUAUUUAGGACAAUGAAAAUAAAAGCAUAUCACAGUAACUGUGGUAAAAUAUAAGCUGUUGAAAUAUUUGCCUUUUAACGUUUAUAAAAGUUUGAAAUCGCGUAAGCAGUGUUCGGGAUCUUUUGAGGUCAUGCCCGAAACACUGCUCACGCAAUGGUGCAAAGCCAGAUGAAUUCAGAGAAAGACUCUUAAAACGUUCCGACUUGUUUUAGUCAUACUUGCGAUCUCUGUGUGCUUUUGAUUUUAAUUUGGCUGACUACUGGGUCAAAUAUUUCCUUUGACAGUGACUUAUUGUCUCAGCAGUUGGAAUUCUACUUACAAACUUGUCAUAAUACCUUUUUAAAGUUGUUUACGUUUCUGAUGUCUUUAAAUGUCCUUUUAGUUCUCUGUGUGUAACCCUUGUUUUCCUUUUUUUCAGUUUUAGUUACAGAAUGCUAUAUGCUGAUGAUGCAAAUAUUUUUCUUCAGCUACUUUAAGUAGUUCUUAUGUUCCCUUUAGCAUGUAUAUGGUUUUUUCUUUUAUGUUUUUUUUUAAAAUGCAUGUUGUAAAAUGUGAUUAUUCUUAUUUUUGUGUAGUGUCAGCUAAUUUUUUUAUGUUGCUUUAAAUGUGCUAAAUUUGUAUGUGGUAAAUUACUUUUUCGUUUUAUUUGCUAGUACAUAUGUGCUAUUUUGUUUUAAUGCGCUGUAACAUGUAUGUGAUAAUUUGUGAUUUGUUUCUUAUCUACUUAGAGCCAGAUGCUUUAUUUGCUUUAAUGUGCUUUAACAUAUUUGCAUUUUAUUACAGCUGUUUUACUUAUGUUGAGCUUAUUUACAUGUGUUUGUCGGAAAAUAGCUUUAAGCUAGUGUUAUAUGUUUAUACUUUUCCGACGUUAAAUAAAUCUUCUUGAAUCUAAAUCUUCUCUGAUAUUUUAUCAUAGUCACCGAGUUACAGUGUGCGCGAGACCUAGUCAAAGAACCCAUUAUCUUUAUCACCUCCAUACACUUGAAGCAACACAGAAUCUAAAUGAUAUUUUAUGUUUUCUCAUUUUAUACCUGAAAAAGUAUGCUUGUCCGCGGACACACAGAAUGAAAAAUGCACUUGUCCGCCGGCAAAAAAUCACAAGUCGGAUAAGUUGGACAUAGGAAUCCCACAUCCCUGCAGGGGUGGGUAGAUCAAAGAACUUCGAGCAUCAGCAGUCCAUAAAAAAGCACAGACGAACAGCAUUUUUCGUUUGGUUAGGUGUUUAUCCAUUCUAAGUUCGUAUUUAUCCAGCACUGUUUCCUAUACCAGUUAGGAAUUAUCCGCAAAUUUAAACCCACCUCAUAAUCAAUACAAUUUUUAAGCUAUAAAACUCGAUUUCAAACUUUGAUACUGUUAAACAUUGUCAAAGAGAUAUUUAUGGAACUAAUACAUUUAAUAAGUAAGGUCUUACUGCAAUUUCUGGUACUUUAAAACAGUUAGAAACAUAAAACAUGUUCAUUUUGAAGACUUUUUUGAGUACAUUUUAAUGAAUUCCAGCCACAUAAUGUGACAUUUCGAUUGAAAUAUUUAGUACACAAAACAUGUUAUCAAUACAGGAUAUUAUGACAAUCAAAAGUUUUACGCUAACAUUGCAUACUCCCAUAAAACACGAAAAAAGACAAGGAAAUUAACUACAUACAUCGUCUUUCUGUCAGCCAUGUUGGCACUGAGUUAGGGUCGCUGAACAGAGUUAGGAUUAUCCGGGUACAUGGCGUGAUUACGUACACCUCUACAAGCUUUACUGAUGUUCAGUGUGAUCUAUUUAAUGUGUACAGCGCAUAUAAAAUAAUAUUCUCAUUAAUUUAUGAACGAUGAUGAUUUAUUUUCCAGAACAGAUAUCAUUGUGCAACUAUUUUAAUUGCGCUGGUAUCAAAUUUAUACAUACAUUAAUUACGCGUUCACCAGUCUUACGGAGCAUCAUUACGCAGACAUGACCUUUGAAUGCUAUCUGGAUCAUGUGUUUUACCAUUUAUUAAAUGAUUUAUGAAAGAUAUUGUCUUGUAUUCCAUAAAAUAUGUCAUUGUGAAAGUAUUUUAUAAAAAGCUGAUGUUAAACUUAUACAUACAUUACGCUUCUACCAGUCUUUACGGGGCGUCAUUACGCCGCCCUUAGCUUUGAAUGCUAUCUAAAUAAUGUGUUUUACCAUUUUUAGAAUAAUAAUUGUCCUAAAUUUAUGAAAGAUGAUGAUUAAUAUUCCAUAAAAGUCUUGCUACAUUA